CAAGACCAGAUGCCGCUUCUCUUUUUUAACGCCGAUGCACUUCCGGUCCUACGCCUUGUGUGGCCCCGCCCGGAAAGCGGAGCCCAGGGGGGCGGUGUCUUUGGUUCCACCUUGCAAACCCGCUGCAAACGAAUCGGCCGUUGUUAGAUUUGGGCUCGGCGGGGAAGCGCCGCUCUUGGGGGCUGGAAUUAAAAAAGGAGAAGGGGGAGGAAAAGGGACUUAAGGGACAAUUUCCUAUCAUUAAGCGUCUUCUUUGGGGCACAGCCAAUGGCUUCUGAGGAAUAUAGACCCCUUUUGGAUGCUAACCCAGAGACGGAAUUGAAUGCUGCUGGAAGACCCUCUCAGCUGGAGAUUUAUUUGAGCAAAGUCCAAAACCACAAUCUCUACUUGGCCACCUUCGCUGCCGUCUUAGGACCGCUCAGCUUCGGCUUUGUGCUGGGCUACAGCUCGCCGGCCAUCCCUAGCCUGAAGCGAAGCCACAACCCAGAACUGAGGCUGGAUGAUACGCAAGCGUCCUGGUUUGGGUCCGUGGUCACGCUGGGGGCCGCAGCUGGCGGGACACUCGGAGGAUACGUGGUGGACAAAAUUGGCCGGAAACUUAGCCUUAUGCUCUGCGCGGUCCCGUAUGUUUUUGGUUUCUUGAUCAUCGUCUCGGCCCAGAACAUCUGGAUGCUUUACCUGGGAAGGCUGCUGUGUGGCUUGGCCAGUGGCGUCACAUCCUUGGUAGUUCCGAUAUAUAUAUCCGAAACGUCUCAUUCCAAGAUCCGAGGAGUCCUUGGUUCAUGUGUUCAGCUGAUGGUAGUAACUGGAAUCCUGGGAGCUUACCUGGCAGGCAUGGCGCUGGAGUGGCGCUGGCUGGCGGUGCUGAGCUCCAUCCCUCCCUGUUUCCUGCUGGGGCUCAUGGCUUUUGUGCCCGAAACUCCUCGCUUCCUGCUACGCCAGAACCGGCAGUCUGAAGCCGUCGCGGCUUUGCAAUUCCUGCGGGGCCCACUGGUGGAUCACGAGUGGGAAUGCCGGGAGAUUGAAGCCAACGUCAACGAACAGCAGGAAAUGAGCAUUGCCGAGUUCAAGAACCCCUCCAUCUACAAGCCCUUCCUGAUUGGGGUGGCCAUGAUGUUCUUCCAACAAGCGUCCGGGAUCAACGCCUUGAUGUUUUACGCCGAAACUAUCUUCGAAGACGCCAACUUUAAGGACAGCAGUGCGGCUACCGUCAUUGUUGGCUCCAUCCAGGUCAUCUUCACAGCAACGGCCGCUCUCAUUAUUGAUAAAACCGGACGAAAAAUUCUUCUCGUCAUCUCAGGAAUGAUCAUGGCUGCCAGCGCCACGGUGUUUGGGGUCUAUUUCAGAAUUACCGUCCCCAGCCCCAGCAAUUCCUCCCACCUCCAGGUGCUGAACACCCCCCCUGUGGAGGAAGGACACCCCCUGGCCUGGUUGGCAGUGCUGAGCAUGAGUUUCUUCAUUAUGGGUUUCGCCUUGGGCUGGGGCCCCAUCCCCUGGCUGGUGAUGUCUGAAAUAUUUCCCCUGAGGGCCCGGGGAAUCGCCAGCGGGGCCUGUGUCCUCACCAACUGGCUCAUGGCUUUCCUGGUCACCAAGGAGUUCCACGACCUCACGGUUCUCCUAACCCCUUAUGGGACCUUCUGGCUAUUCUCGUCCACCUGUUUACUCAACGUCAUCUUCACCAUUGUCUGCGUUCCCGAAACAAAAGGGAAAAGUCUAGAAGAGAUCGAGGCGCAUUUUCGCAGGCCGCGUUAGGACCUCAGCACGCGAGAUUUUAUUUUUCCCUUCAUCGUGGACUUCACUAAGGUGGCGGCAAAGACAUUGGUUGGUGAGGCCAAAAGCCUUCCGUUCUUUUGAAGAUGGCCUCACGGUUCCGGCAAAUUCCAGAUUCUGCCUCUUCCCCUCACCAAGGCGGCCCGAAAAUGUCAGUAAUGAAAAGCGGUGCUACUUUUUCUGAUCUGCAGGCCCAAAGGGUGCUCAGAUUUCCUCCUGUAAACCUUUGCCUUUUGACAUUUGAAACAAGGAUGCUGCUUCAGUGUUGCUUCAGUAAAUGAACCACUACAGUAACUGAGCUGUUUGUUCUUAUACGGAGUUGGAAGCAGAGGCGAGGAUGGUGUAAUUUUCAUUAAAGGAACCAUCCUUGGAGCGUUUGGUAAAGAAAUAUAAAAAGCACGAUUGGGAGAACGGAAAACUCAGUAGCCUCGAGGAAAGAAGGUAGAAAGGGGAUAAGAUUGAAUUUAAUAAAAAAAAAAAUAGAAAGGAUGCGACAUAGAAAGCGGUUAAGAUUUGCCCUGCAAUACAAACGCAGAAUAGUCGACAGGAUUUGAAGGAGGCAAAUUCCAAUUGCAUUGCUGGUCAGGAUGAUUUGGGGGAACAGCCUGUCUCUCGGAGAGAUGGGUGCUCCUUUUUGGAGGUUUUCAAGAAAAUAAUUGGACCAACGCUUGUCCAGGAUGGUGUAUGGUCUCCUGGCUGGGUUGAUCUUGAUCUGAAAUCCACAAAAGCAACAAGGGUGCCGGAGAGAGAAUAGCCAAGCCAGGGGGGGGAGGCGUCAAACAGGGAAUUAGCCUGGAUGUUGGCACAAGAGGGCGAAGUCUCAUCCCUCCUUUGAAUGCUGUUGAACUUCAUUUAGCGUUAUCUAGGUCCAACCAGAAGAUU